AUGUAUUAUGUGAGUGACUGCCCAUUCAAGGAACAUACGUGUUCACUACGCAAAGAAAUAGGCCACAAGGAGGGACUUUGUUCAGUUAUGUCUCAGACGCCCUUCAUCUACAGUAGGACCCAGAAGGUCCGCAGGUUUUAUGCCCUUGCCUCUGCCGAUUUCAAACGUUCUCGCCGCUACCUGCCAUUUUUCAUCAGCAACCGUCCGGUUGAACUGCUGGUUGACACAGGUUCAGACAUUAUAAGUAUAUGCUCUUCAACCAGGAAGAUGAUUGGUUCUCCAAGGCUCUCCCAAACCAGGCCAAUUUCAGCAGUCCACUUCAUCGGUAAUCCAGUUCCUUUGCAAGGUAAACUGAAAUGUACCUAUCGUUUCAAUUCUAAACCCUUGUCCGAUAUAUGUUACGGUAACGGUAACCUCCUUGGAGCUGAGUGGAUCGAGAAACUAGGACCUUUUGAUCAACCGUUCAACAAGCUCCAAGAUGAACCUGCAGCACGCAAGUCGCGGGCAGUAAGCUUCCUGAACGCUUUUAAUGCGGAGCAGUUCGCUCGCUCUCGCUUCCCCAGCAUCUACAGCAACGAGCUUGGCUGUUGCAAGCGUUUCAAAGCGAUUUUGCGAUUACAUCCGGAAGCGCAACCAAUUUUUCGUCCAAAACGUCCAGUUCCUCACGCAGCAAUGCCGGCAGAGGAAGCAGAGCCGGACAGACGUGAAAAGCUUGAUGUCAUUUCCAAAGUUAACUACACGGAUUCGGCAGUUCCAAUCGUCGCAGUCAAGAAACUUAACGGUUUCAUUCGUAUCUGCGCGGAUUUCUCGGCAGGUCUCAAUGCAGCACUCGAAAUGCAUCAGUAUUCCCUUCCGCUCCCUGCACCGUUUUCUCUCACAUUGACUUCUCAGACGCCUACCUUUUAA